AUACAGCCAAGAAGGAUAACGGGCUCCUUAUGGAUCCUGAACGACUUCGUUGGAGCAGAUGACACAUCCGAUAACACAGAUGCAAUUCUCCCGUUCUGUACGAACGUUUUUUCAAACACACCGAGAACAGAGGAUUUAAACGUCCCGCCAACUCCCCCGGGAACCUCCACCCCCUCACUACAUAUUCCAGACCCAAACAAGCAACGCACAACACGGGCUCUAGUACAUUGCUCAGAAUCCACCCCUCCAGAAAAGUGCUACUGGGCAGGGAACUUGCGGCUUCACGAGCCGGCGCUCCAUGGACACGACUCCUCCCCGGCGUAUAACGGCCCAGAAGACCACACACAUCUAGAGCACGCGGAGGAUUCCAGCUCACCGAACAUUCCCAAUGAAACAACCAAAACGGAAGAUUUCACCGUUUUAAAUGACAUUUCAGAGGCAGAUGACCCGCUAUUAUGGGAUGCGGCCAACCUUCUUGAUUCCGCCAAUUCUUUGGUGGCAACAUCCGGAUCUGAAAUAGAACAAGCUAGGUUUUUCACAGCCUUUUCCAGGGCUCUAAAAUCCCGAAAGGUUUUGCCACACAAUCAAAUGGGGAUUUUACUUGAGCGACAUUACAGAGAGGAUCUAUCAUUCUGGCAUAGAACAAUUCCACGUAUGUUAAACAGCAAUCCGAUUAAAAAACGCAAAUACAGGCGCUAAAAUCAUAUAUUUAACACGGAUCCUUCCAGAAUAACCCAAGAACGCACAUCAUUAAUUAUGCAAAUGGCAGAGCCAACAGACCUAGUUGAGACAGUUGAAAGCCUCUUAUCACAGAUACCGCCAGAACGCCUAGAAAUUAUUAAUCGUAUGAACAAGGCGUGGGUAACAAACAUAAUACCGAUAGAUGAAAGCAUAUUAUCACAGAUUCCAGCCAAACUCCUAGAAAUUAUUAAGCGUAUGAAAGAGUCAGGGAUGCCCGAUGAAAACCUGUUAUCACAGAUUCCCGAAGCCCUCAUAUCGCUAAUUAAUCAGAUGAACGAGAGCCCGACAUCUUCGGGCAUCCCCCCCCCCCAAAACCAACCGUUAAUGCCCAACCGUUAAUGCAUGUCAGAUGAGUCUGAAACGCAAUACAAUGUUUUGGGGGAAUUGGAAAAUUGUCUAAUAAAUCAGGAGGGAGACGGUAUUGAUCGAAGUGUUCGGGUUGUGUACUGAAAUAAAUUCAACAAUACAGAGAUUCGACAGUUUUCAAUUUCACAUGGGUGAAUCAGAAUCUUGACUAUGCUGUGUUGUACGUAAUGAUGUUGGAUACUCUGAUCGAACAGUUAGAUAGGGUAAGAGAUUAUGGCGAACCACGUGAUGUCUUACAGUUGGAACUUUGUGGAGAUAGCCUGCAUAACACGGUAUCUCUUAUUUUACCCAAUGGCAAAGCAGAUCUUGAACAAUUUAUCGCACUGCUUGAACGACUUGUUCAGUCAAAUUUAUCCGUCAUAGCCGAUAGGACCCUCGAGCUUGUAGUGCAAAUAAUACGUCAACCCCUGGGUGGUGGGGGUCAGAGAAGGAAGCUAGAUAGCCUAAUGCAAUCAGAAAUAAUAAGCAAUAAAAGGGCCUACCUCAUAAACUCGUGCCGUUAUAACUGUUAAUUAUGUCUGGAUGAAAAUUGCCCUAUGCAUCCCUUAAACCUGACCCCCUGUGAGGAUUGUCACCGCACAUGUUGUUCGGCCUACUGUUAUGAAAAACACAAAAUUGAAACAUGGCACCCCAAGGCCUGUAAAUCUGUAAGCAGUUGUGACAUUAACAAGAAAUGCCCAAAAUGCCAUUGCAAUUUCAACCUAGAUAGCCCUAAACCGCAUGUGUGUGGAAUCAUACACUGUCCAAUCUGUAAAGGGCCUUUGAAAAGCAGAGAUGCUGAAGUGGUUCAAGAAGGGUCACACAAGUGUUAUAUUCAGCCCUUGGAUGAAGAUAAACAUUCAGAGAAAUACGUGUUCUAUGAUUGUGAGACAAAUCAGCAAUCGGGGGUUCAUUUGCCUAUUUUUGUAUCUACCAUGACUUUCAAGGUUGAAAAGUGGUCGGCAGAGGGACCCAAUUGUGCACUGCUCUUUCUAAAACACAGAAAACCCCAGUACAGAAACUUCACGUUUAUAGCACACAAUGCUAGAGCCGAUGACUCUUACCUUCUUCUGAACCCCUUGAUACAGCAAGGCGUGGCACCCAGUAUCAUAGCUCAAGGUAGUAAAAUCUUGUGUUUUGUAGACCCCGCCUUCAACCAGAGAUACAUUGACAGUUUAAGCUUCUUACCUAUGAGAUUGGCUCAAAUGCCAGAGGCCUUGGGUUUUGAAAAUCUGUGAAAGGCUGGUUCCCCCACUUCUUCACAUCUGAGAAGAAUCUACAUUAUAUUGGAUCUUAUCCCAGUCCCGAAAUGUACGGGUGUGAUCAAAUGUCUCCCAAAGAGCGUGAGAGAUUCAUAACGUGGUACGAGACAGUAAGACAUGGCACCUUUGAUUUCCAUAAAGAGAUCAUAUUGCGACAAUGAUGUGGUUAUACUUCGUGAAGGAUGCCUCAGAUUCAGGGAAGAUGUAAUCAAAGAUGCAGGCAUUGACCCCUGGAGUUGUACAACUAUUGCAUUGGCAUGCAUGAAAACCUAUCGUACACACUUUCUACCUACAGCAUCUAUAGCUAUCCCCUCGCCUGACAUCUACCAACGCCAAUUCAAGUCCUACUCUUGUGGUUCCGUUGGAGUACUUGGCCCAGGAUAAAGACAUUUUUAUUCAACAUGCUAAGAAUCGGGGGGAGAAGGCAUUUGGCUCUUACCAUGUAGAUGGAUACACACAGAUUGACGGGGUUGAAACUGUGUAUGAGAACAACGGUUGUUUCUUCCACGGUUAUAAAUCUUGCUUUGUGCCCCAGGCCAUGUGGGUCCUAACCCAAAAUACUUUUGGGGAAAUGUAUCAAGAAUUUCAAGACAAAUUGGAUUCUUUACAGGCUAAUUACGGGUUAAAAGUGGAGGUUUUGUGGGAGCACGAAUGGGCCGCUCUCAAAAAGUCUGAUCAUCAUGUUCAAGCCUUCCUUUCCAGCUAUGACACACCAGAACCCCUGGAACCACGACAGGCCUUGAAUGGAGGCCGUACCAAUGCUUUGACAUUGCGGUAUGUAGCGCAACCCGACAAGACAAUAGGAUAUGUAGAUUUUUACAUCUCUUUAUCCUCAUGCAAUGAGUUCCUCAUGCUAUCCUAUGGGGCAUUCGGAAAUUAUUUAUCGCGACUUUGACUUACCUCAACACUAUUUUGGUCUGAUCAAAGCAACUGUCUACCCUCCUAGGGGUUUGUUUAUACCAGUGUUGCCUUACAAGGGCCCUCAAUGAAAACUUUUCUUUCCCCUUUGUCGCACCUGCAGUGAAAACAACAACCAGCAAAACCUAUGUGAUCACACAGAUCAAGAAAGAGCCCUGACAGGGGUAUGGGUCACAGUUGAAUUCUCUAAGGCUCUAGAGAUGGGGUAUCGUGUGGCCAAAAUCUUUGAAGUGUUGAACUUUUCCAGGAAAUCAGACACUCUUUUUAAGGAGUACAUCAAGACCUUCUUGAGAUGCAAGCAAAUGGCUUCAGGCUAUCCUGCAUCGGUCACAGAUCAAGAGAGCAAAGACAAGUACAUUCAAGACUAUCACGACAGAGAAGGCAUACUUCUUGACCCUGACAGAAUAGAGGUCAACAAAACCAAAAUAAAUGUGUCAAAAUUGUACUUAAGCUUUCCCCAAAGAGAGUUUUCGCAGAGAUGCAAUAUGUUAACAACGUCGAUCAUUAAAGACCCCAAAUUAUUUUUGGAAUUUGUUUUUUCGGACCAAUACGAAAUUUCACAUUUUUCAGUCUUGAGUCAAGACAUUGCCCUGGUGCAAUGGAGGCGCAACAAGAAGUGGGUUCUACCCCCGGGUAAUGUAAAUGUGUUUCUUGCAGCAUUUACCACGGCCUGUGGCCGACUAGAACUGUACACCCUCAUGGAGAAGCUUCAGAGGCGAGUUCUAUACCACGACACAGACUCUAUGGUCUAUGUAAACAAACAGGGCGAUUGGAACCCCCCACUCAGCAACUAUCUGGGUGGUUUAACGAGUGAACUCGAAGAUAGUGACCAUAUCACAGAAUGUUCCUCCUGUGGUCCCAAAAGCUAUACUUUUAGGACUAAAGACAAUCACGUGGUGUUGAAAGCCAAAGACGUGACUCAAAACUAUGAAAAUGCCCAGCGUGUAAACUUGGAAUCAAUCACACGCUUGGUCGAGGGGUUCAUAAACGACAGGAAUAGUGACUUGGAGAUUUUGAGCUCCUACAAAAAAAUAGUUAGGGAUAAAAAGGGCUUCCAUCUAAGGAAUGCCCCACUUACUAAAAGAUUCAGGGUAGUCUAUGACAAGAGACUGCUUUUGCCUGAUGGGACCACAUUGCCCUUUGGCUACUGACUUAUGCUACAAGCCACAGUGUGUCUUAAAGCUUAAGAUAUCAUGGCUGCUGUAGAAGGUUUUGACCCCCGGUUGCAACUACCAUUUUCAGCCUUAAUCGCAGGCCCAUCUAAUAGUGGUAAAACUUGUUUUGUAAAAAGUAUUUUAGAGAAUUCUGAACAUGUGGUAUCUCAAAAGCCUGACAAUAUUGUGUGGUGUUAUUCGUGUUAUCAACCUCUGUAUGAUGAAUUCUUGAAGAAAAUAGGAAUACCUGAAUCCCUGACUGAUGAUGAACUUCUCCCUCCUCAUAAAAACAAUCUGCUGGUUUUGGACGAUAUGCUAUUUGCAGGUAGCGAACAUCCUGAAAUUGCCCGAGCUUUUACCCAAUUUACUCAUCAUAGAAACCUGUCUGUGCUUUACUUGGUACAGAAUGUCUUUCACCAAGCUAAAAAUAGGCGCACCAUCAGUUCGAAUGCCAAUGACAUGGUUUUGUUCAAAAAUCCUAGAGACAAACUACAAAUGAACACUCUAGCUCAGCAGAUGUACCCGGGAAGGAAAUCCUACUUCAUGGAGAGCUAUGAGGACGCUACGAAAGCACCAUUUUCAUAAUUAAUCGUGGAUUUAAAAGCAAAUACUCCAGAACACCUGAGGCUACGAACCUGUCUGUUCCCAUGUGAGUGCCGGCUGCGUACAUUCCUAAAAAGUAACCGCUAUGUCUCUGCGUUUAAAUAGAAACCUGCCCCUCUUGAGAAGCCUAGUUGGGGCUACAGCUAAAGAACUCAAUGCCAUCUUAGGUCACUGUUCUUCAGAUCUCAUAUUAUCCCUAUGUGAGAUUGCUUUGAAUCUUCUCAAAGGACGCAUUCCACUCACCCUGACCCAAUUGAAAAUAUUAAAGAGACAAAAGACCGCGAUCAAACUCUUUGCCAAUAAAAGGGCCAGUCUUCAAAAGAAAAGACAUACCAUACAACAGUCUGGGGGUUUUCUUCUACCUUUACUAAGUAUAGCCGUGCCCUUCAUCACCAGAUAUGUUGUUAUUAAAUUGCGGUUGGAAAGCCUUAGCAGGGACCUGACAUCCGUCCUGACAGAGAGUUACAUACUCUGCAUUGAAGUGUUGAAAAUUAAAUGGGUUUUUAUUUAAGCUGCCCGUAUUAGAGGCGUGAUCAACCAAACUUAUAACCAUGUAUCGUGGUAAAGGGCCUAGAAAUAGGUUUUCUUGACUGCAGAUUCUACUGCCCACAGGUAUGCUAAAUGUUUUCAUGGUAAUUCUUUGGAGAGGGUAAAGGGCAUUUCCUUUUAUCAAAGCCUGUGAGUGACCCAGACGAAUGGCCGGAGAUACAGACACUUUUUAAAUAAAAAGCGUUGCCCCCAACACUUUUAAACUAAAGUCCCCGUCCUGGGCAGACAUCAGGCAAAACUCAUCCUUGACCCUGGUUAAUUUUAGUCUUAAAUCAACCGAAUUUAAGAGUAAACGUUCUUGAAAGAAAAUGUCAGAAUGUAUAUAGGCCCUAGCAGAUGAAACUCUCGAGAUUCGGCACAGUAGCGAGUGCGUUUCUCCAGUCCUUUGUUUGCACCGGUGGAAUUGGUCUCUCGAUUCCAUAGAGACUCCUGCAGUAUCCUUGCUAAACAGCCCGGUGCUGAAUUGUGUCUUGAGAGUGUCUUCGGAGUAGUUGAGUAAACACUCCAUGAUGGCCCUAUAAGGGUAUGUGGCACUGAUUUGACUGAUUAGGUGUUCACCCAAAGUCACAUCCACUUGGGAGAAAAUGGUGGCCACUGGGUAAUUAAUGAGAUUCACUUUGGCAUCGUUUGCAAUAUUAGUACCAUCUCUUUUGGUUACUUUUAGACAUAAAUGCACCAGGGUGUUGUGGAGGUCCAGAUAGUUGUCACCGUGGCCUGGUAUGAAAAAUUCUAUAGGACUGUUGUCUGUAAUGGCAGAGAAUGGGGCUAUCUCCACAUAACUGGACCUCUCUAUUGAAUGUUGGAUUAAGGGGGCCGUGAAAAGAUCGAGCUCUGUCUUUAUAGCUUCAGAGGACAUGCGGUGUAAAAGAGCCAUGUUGCUUGUUCUUUUAGAAAAUACUUCUGAGUAUUUUUAUUUUGUCGUUAUUGGUCCAGAUCUCCUCACUUUACCCCGUCUUUGACUUACUGAGUUUCUUUUAACUGAUAACCUCAGCUUUUUAGGGGAAAGCCUUAUACCCGGAGGUCUCUUUUUUGGUCUUCGAAACAACAUCAUAAGCCCCGAGCCUUCUUGACGCUCGACAUCUGGUGACGCCCUUCUGGUCAUAGCAUUGGCUACAACCUCACUUACUAUAUUUUUAGCGGCUGAUUUUAAAUGCGGUUUAGCUAUGCUGAGGCCUCUCUUCAUAAACGGUAAAACCAUCCUAAAGAGGUUACGAAAUAUACCUCCUAUCCCCGAACCGUACAUGUUAGGGUAUCCAUAAUAGCCGGGUAACCCAUUACCCACUUGAACAACAUAGUAUGAUGUAUAGCGGUUAGGGUCGAGAUGUUGGUGGUCCAUAAUCCUUUUUAAUUUAUUUGUAUUAUGUUUAUAAAAAUAUAUCAUAUUAAUAUCAUAUAUGUAGAGAGGUUUUGGUGGGUCUAAAGUGGAGUUUUACAAUUAUUUUACCAUAAGUAAAUUCUAUGUUUUCGUUCUGAUCCGUUUUAAGCUCAACCAGAAUGUUUUCAAUAUAUUUCUUGCUUACAGGUACGUAAUGUGGCUUGUCGUAGGUGACAGUGACUAUGUCCCCGUCCUUUCCAUCUAUAUGAACUGUUCUCAGGAGGGGCACACAGCUGUCUCCGACCCUUUGAUAGGAUAUGAUGUCGGUAUGCACAAAUAUGUUGUAAAAUCCUGCAUGUAUAUCUGCAGGGAAUGGGAAUAAUUUACCUUUCACAUACGUCCAUUUAUUGGGACCCAUCCCCAACAUGUGGGGGUAUGUAAUCUCGCUGAGACCUACUUCCCAGGCCUCUGAUAACUCUAUAGGCUUUGGAAAAUUGGUUGUAUAAUUCGAACUCUGAUUAUUACGAUAUAUAUGUGCAGACGCAUUACUGGGGAGAGUCAGGUAGAAGCCGCUGUGUUCCAUGAUGCACUCCUGUGUACAUGCGAAUUAUGUUGUAUUUAUCAUGCAUGAGGGUUUAAGUUAACCCCCGAUGCCUCCACCACAUCGUGCUCUAAUACACAACUGUUGAACUUUUGGGGCCAGUUUUUCCAGCUGACCAGCACCCAUUUUUGUUUACAGUUUAUUGUAUUCCUGAGUGUAGCCUGCCCUUUCGAUGCUAUCACUAUCAAAACACCCAUGGGUGUCCUAUUUCUGUCUUUCAGUGGCUAUGUGUUGCAUGUAGUAGUCUACACAGGAAGUGUCUUCAUUAUUCUAUGUAUUCUUGGG